AUUGAGUGCCCUUUAAUGCAAUGACAGAGUCGGGUCCAUGGCGGGACAUCUGAAGAAGCAGUUAAAAGACGCAGUGAAGAUCCUGAGCUCAGGUGGCCUCCUGUUUGCCUCCUACCUCACUGCGGUUGGAGAUGAGCGCUUCUACGCCAAUCAGCUGAUGCCCCUGCUGCAAAGGAUUGUGGGGGCAGAGACGGCGCAUGUGUUGGCCGUGAAGGCGAUCGGUCUGGGUCUGGUUCCUCUGAACCGCUACCAGGACCCUGCAUCACUGGAAGUGAACGCUCUGGGGUUAAAGUUCAAAAACCCCAUCGGGAUCGCAGCGGGCUUCGACAAGCACGGAGAGGCCGUAGACGGGUUGUACAAAGUGGGUUUUGGCUUCGUUGAAGUUGGAACAAUCACUCCCAAACCUCAGGAGGGGAACCCUAAACCACGAGUGUUUCGACUCACUGCAGAUAACGCAGUUAUUAACAGGUAUGGAUUCAACAGCUGUGGUUUGGCAGAAGCACAACAGAGGCUGAAAGCCAGAGAAGAGACACAGCAACAGCAAAGUAAAGCUGGCCUUCCCCUGGGCAUCAACCUGGGGAAGAACAAGUUGUCCCAGGACGCAGGGGCAGAUUACUUGGAGGGGGUGAGAGUGCUGGGCCCGCUGGCUGACUACCUGGUGGUGAACGUCAGCAGUCCCAACACACCAGGUCUCCGGGAUCUACAGGGCAAGGCUGAGCUCCACCAGCUCCUGCAGACGGUGCUGAAGGAACGUGAUGCCCUGCAGGGAGAACGCAAACCGCCGGUCCUGGUGAAGAUCGCUCCUGACCUCACCGAGCAGGACAAACAAGACAUCGCUGACGUCGUCACGGAGCUGGGGGUGGAUGGUUUAAUGGUGUCCAACACCACCGUGUCCAGACCAGAGAGUCUUCAGGACUCAAACAAGUCUGAGGUUGGAGGUCUGAGCGGCGAGCCUCUCAAAGACCUCUCCACCCGCACCGUCAGAGAGAUGUACAACCUCACCAAAGGUAAAGUACUGAUCGUUGGAAUCGGAGGUGUGGCCUGUGGGCAGGAUGCUCUGGAUAAGAUCCGUGCCGGUGCGUCGCUGGUUCAGCUUUACACAGCUCUGACCUACCAGGGUCCGCCCAUCGUCAUCAAGAUAAAGCGGGAAUUGGAACAACUUCUUAAGGAACAAGGUUUCAGAAGCGUAUCGGAGGCGGUGGGAGCAGACCACAGGGCAGCGGACGGACCGACUCCUAAGCAGAGCUGACAGAGAUGGUAAAUGUUAACACAGAGACUCCAAUCAGGCACCACGAUCCUCAACUCUUUCUGAACUCUGAUGAACGCUGAGUAUUUGCGAUUAUCCAUCCGUCCGUCUGGAUUCCCAGGAUGAGAUAUCGUCCAAACCGGUUGCUGUUGAAACCAUAUUUUCAGUAUUUUGCGGUGAGCAAAUGCUGAAGGCAUCAAAUCUCGGUUUCUUACUUUUACUUGAACAUUGUGGCGAACUCGGUGAAGCCGAGUUUUUAUUUCAUCUUUUGUUACAGUGUAACAGCGGUAAAUGUUUCUCAAGUGCACAGUGACACCAAAGUGCUUGAACUCUUCAAACAAACUAACCUCUCAAACCUUUUUACAAACAUCAACUAUUGUUUUGUGUGUAAGGAAAAUCAUUUCACAUGAUGCUAAAUGGAUAAAAUAGUAAAACUUGUUGGUUAUCGUCAUUCUUAGGAAUUUUUAAAUUCAGAAACAUACAUUCGAAUGUUGACAUUGUGUUAUUUACUGUCGCCUGAGUGCAAAAACUUAAUGUAUUUAUGAUUAUACUGAACAAAAUGGCAAUGCCAUGCCUGGCAACUGAGAUACACAAGUCCGUAUGAAAUUGUAUAUAAUGGGUAUUUGUUCCAGUGUGGGAGUUUCACAAGUGGAAUCACGAUGCUGUAAUGGUAUGACUGGUAACAGGAAAAAUAAAUAAUAAAUAAGAAUUCUGGUAAAUCUGUGUUCUAAUGUGACAAAAUGGCAACACCUUA